GCCGCUUUAAACGAUGCCGUAAUUAUAAAAAUAUCCGGAAAACCAAAAAUAGACGGAUCCACCCCAAACCGAGCACAUUGCUCUCGUUUUUAAAAUACAUUGAGACGUCGCUUCGUAAACACAGUUUUAUGAAUUAACUUUGUCAUUCUCAUCAAAAUGAUUCCAUCCAGAGGCCCCACGAUAAUUACAGUUCGACCCGUGAAUAAGUCAGGAGGAAUUAAUUGUUGUUGUUGCAAGUGCUGCACCUGCUUGAAUUUACAAUUCCUGAAAAACGAACCCGGUUUACUGAAAAUCGUGCAAGUGCUGCUUGGGUCGUUUUGCCAAAGCCUGGCCCUUAAUUAUGGGAUGGGUUAUUCAAACGACAUGGGGGCUUCGUUCCAGUCGUUCUUGACAGCAGUGGCCUGGUGCAUAAUGACCACGUCCCUACUUUUAUUCUGUUAUGUUAUUUCCGAAAAAACGUGCAGUUUGGUGCGGCAGUCGCUUUUCGAAACCGUUUUUAAUAGCGUGGCUUCUUUCAGCUAUUUGUCUUCGUGUUCGUGGUUAGGAUACGUUGUUUACAUCUUUCUCAAACCAAAGUACUUGGUGACUCCUUAUUUUCAGGCUUAUCCCGCCAUGAGUGCCGCAUACAUGGUCGGCGGCUUGGUAGGAAUCGUUCAUGGUUAUGAUGCCUAUAAAUGUUAUAGGUACUAUAAAGGGUAUAGAUAAGAGGCGUGGAAAAAACGCCGAAAUCUAGUCAAUUUUUUAUGUUUAAAGCAUUUUCCAGAAAUUCUAGAUUAAUUUAUUUACUUAUUUUUCUAACCACACUAAAAUUAAAUACUUUUUGAUAUGUAUGUAAUUACUUUUUUAAUAAAUAUUAUCUCUCGAAAA